CAGAGGAGGCCGCCAGGGGACUCCGCUCUGCGCCGAGGAACUUCAGUGGCGCCCUGGCGGGCUGCGCGGCGCUCUCGGUGCUUGUGAGGGCCGCAGCAGAGCGGCGGCGGCUGCGUCUGGAGUCGCGCGUGCUGGCCAGAAAACCCCUCGCGUGGAUCUGCCAAGUGUCGCUGCUCGUGCCGGAGGAGCUCAGUCUUUUUCUCCCGCUCCAGCUGCAGCUACCCGCGCGAAGGAAGACAGUAGGGCCCUCGGCUGAAGGUUAAAACCCCACGGAAGGAACAUGAGGUUCCCUUGGAGAUCAUUCAAGAGGAAGAUGGAAGGAGCCAUUUAAAAUCGAGUUAAACUGCAAGACUGGGGCCUGAGGGCUGGCAGUGGAAAACGCUGUUGGGCUGUGAGCUCUCCCUGAAAAGUCCCACGUGCCUAUUUGCUUCCUGCAAAAGGAAGGAAGACAAGGAGGAGACCAUGUCUAUAGCCUUGAAGCAAGUGUUCAACAAGGACAAGACCUUCCGGCCCAAGAGGAAAUUUGAACCUGGCACGCAGAGGUUCGAGCUGCAUAAACGAGCUCAGGCAUCCCUCAACUCGGGUGUGGACCUGAGAGCAGCUGUGCAGUUACCCAGCGGGGAGGACCAGAAUGACUGGGUGGCGGUGCACGUGGUGGACUUCUUCAAUCGCAUCAACCUCAUCUACGGCACCAUCUGUGAGUUCUGCACUGAGCGGACCUGCCCCGUGAUGUCAGGGGGUCCCAAGUACGAGUAUCGGUGGCAGGACGACCUCAAGUAUAAGAAGCCAACUGCACUACCAGCUCCCCAGUACAUGAACCUGCUUAUGGAUUGGAUUGAAGUCCAGAUCAACAAUGAGGACAUAUUUCCGACAUGUGUUGGGGUGCCCUUCCCAAAGAACUUCCUUCAGAUCUGCAAGAAGAUCCUGUGCCGCCUGUUUCGGGUCUUCGUCCACGUCUACAUCCACCACUUUGACCGGGUCAUUGUGAUGGGGGCAGAGGCGCAUGUCAACACCUGCUACAAACACUUCUAUUACUUCGUCACGGAAAUGAACCUCAUAGACCGCAAAGAGCUAGAGCCCUUGAAAGAGAUGACAACCAGGAUGUGUCACUAACAUCCCACCUCAUCUACCGGAAGAAAGGAACAGUUUCUCCCAGGAGUCCCCGUGGGACAGGAAGUGGCCCUCUCUGGCUGAAAUGGUCCUUGCUUCCAGGAGCAGAAAAGCUGGAGCCCCACAAGGACUUCCGAAAGAUGUCUCCUACCCACUUUGUGUGCUCUUAACCCUCUAAGUGCUGCUAGCCAGGGCCUGUGGGCCAGGCAGACCACAGCAUGAAGGACCAGCCUUGACCCAUUAGGCUGAGGAUAGUGCAGGAGCGGCCACUGCACUUCCAAUCACGUCACGCAUAGCUGUGGCCUGCCCCCUAGGCUUCACUGGAAUUCAGGUUUUGAGACUGAGAGGUUUUUCGUUGUUCUUUUCGCUUAUGUCUUAUCAGACUUCUUGACUAACAUCUCUGUCUUUGAUGUUUCUAAGAACCAAUCAAAUUUGGGGAAUACCAUAUACCAUUUUCCUAUCCCACCUCUCCUUGAGUCCCUGCAGGCCCAGGUCUGGGCCUGUGGCUUAACCUUGUAAGGGGCUUGAAGCUGGGAGGGGCCUGCAGUUCUGUUGGCAGCACCCAUGGCAUUUCCCUUGUGGGUAGUUUCACCAGGGACCAUCUGAUGGAGGGCAUGAUCUGUGCCCCAGACAGGCCAUUCAUAUGCUAACCACUGGGAAGAGUCUGGAAAUAAACUGGUGCGUUACCAGUUUGCCCUGGUCAGGAUGGAUUUUCGUAGCCACGGUCCAUCAAAGAUAUACUUUCCCAUUUCCCACAAGAGAGAACUAAAGUCACAAAUGACCACUGGGGUCCUUGAGCCAGAUUUGUGCAGUGUUUGUUCUUUAGUGAGGAGUAGUGAGUCCUGGCUGACCAGACAUUUUAUAAUGUUAGGAUUUCAGCGACAAGACAAGACUGUUGAUAUUUGGUACGUGUAGAUCAAUACACUUGACCUGUAGCAUUCCCAGCAUGACCUCAGAGCUUCUGAACUCAGCCGAUCUCCCUAGUCUCCCUUCUUCUAUUCCUGUUUUCCCCCCCCUCCUCCCCGUUCCCUCUCCAUCUCUUCUUCAAUCUCUCUCCUCUCUCAUCUCCGCUC